UUUGUCUUAGAAUUUCUCCUUAAAUACAAUCCUAUUCCCUCCACCCUAUUCCCCCCCUUCCCUUACCAAACUUCCCACCAACCCAACUCAUUUCAUCCUCUCCCAUUGCACCAUUCUCCAUUCCUUAUCAUCCCCAACAAUCAAUAACACAAAACUAACAUACUUAAACAUGAUUCAAGCUUUAAACUUACCAUACCCAUCUAAAAAAGAUGAGAUUAUGUCAAGGUAUAGACCCAUUGCCCCUAAACCCGAACUUCCUACACCCAAUUCCACUACUACUAAUCCUACUUCUUCCAUUAAUGGAACCUUUGAUACAUCUUUAGUACCUGAAAAGUUCCGUCAAUCCCCUUAUUUGAUUAACAUUUGGUCUCAUCUUCAGGCUCGACCCACUCGAACUCGAAAGCGUGGGCGCACCUCAGCCAUGGCAGCUUCUUGUGGGCCCACCACCACCUUGCUUAAAAAACAACAAUCAAAUGAUCAUCAUGAUCAUCAUCAACAACAACAUCAUGUGGUGGCUAAUACUUCUAAUAAUCCUUCUUCUUUUAUGGGGUUCUGUUCUUCUUCUCAAUUACCUACAACAAACCUUUCUAUACAACCAUUUGGGGUUAAUGUUUACUCUGAUUAUCAACAAGUACAUACUAAUAGUAAGAGUACUUGUAAUGUGGUUGAACUCCCUCUUUUAUCAAAUACUAAGCCUAUUGAUUUGAAUAUUGUUGCCGCGGAUUUUGAAUCCGCCGCAACAACUUUGGAAGAGAAAGACUUGGUUUUGCAAUUACAGGUAUCAUUGCAUGGACCGAGUAAAACGGGCGUGAUAUCACCAAGACCCGUUAGACCCGUCGGGUCCAGUAUAUGUAUUGUAGGGAAAUUCAGUGAAGAUCCUGAGGCCCAGAUUCUGAUAAAAUCGCCCCAAGAAGUUGAGAUUGCUGCAGAAGCUGAGGCAUUACCAGCAGUCAUAUCCGAUAGAAAAAAUAAAGUUAGGAUGGUGAAUUCAGCUUAUAAGGAGCUAAUCGGGCAACCCGAAUGCUCAUGGUUGGACUCCAUGUUUUCAAGUGGAGGAAGGAUUAGUGGGGAGGUUAUGCUUAAUGGGUUAGAAUCUGGAUUACCCGUUUCGAGUAACGGGUUUUCGUGUUGGGUAAGGAUAGAGUGGGAGAGUGAUGGGAAGAAGAAUUCUGUGAAUGCAUUUAGUGAGGUGAUGAAAUUAGCUUGUUUGUCUAAAGAUUAUCUUUUUUCAUGGAGGUUUCAUACUAGAGAAAUCUCACCAUCUGGUUCUAAAAUUUAGAAGUCAAAAAUCAAUCAAAAAAACCCCGACCAACAAUCUAGGUGGUCGAUAACUGGUUGAUAUUAGUAGUGGUCUAGAUAUAAAUCUGACCGAUUACGGAUGAAUAUGGUAGUUUAUAAUUGGUCAUGGUCGACGAUAAUUGGUCGGUGUAAGAAAAUGAUGGUCGAUGAUUGGUCGGGUCGGUUGGGUUUUGGGUACAUGGAUGGGUGAAUGAUGCAUGUAGGGUAAAUGUAAGUUCUAUAAUCUUUAGUAGUAGUAGUAGUAUUAAUGGGAUUAUAUAUAGUUAAGAAGGUAAAAGUACUAAACUUGAUAUAAUUAGUGGUGUUUUUUUGGUCUUCAUCACUUGUUUUUAAUGUAAUGUGGGGCUUUUGUUUUUAACCAUAAUGGCACCACUUAGCAUAAAUAGGUACUCUUAUUAAUUUUAAUUUUUUGAAAAAAAAAAAAGAUAAUAUUGUUGCUUUUUUUUUCUUAGAAGUAUUUGCUUUGUUUGGAGAUCUUAAGUAGAGGAUCUUAUAUGGGACAAUAUUGCAUAUGUAGAUAUAUGAAUAAAAUUAAAAGGAAUAUGUUGAUAAAAUAUAAAGAUGUAGUAAGAAAUAUGUCUUAAAAUGUUUUACAAUGGAAAAAAGCAUGGUAUGAAUUUCUUUCCCUGUUU